AUGUUUGACAUGGCCUGCACAAAAAAGAUGAAAUCCUACCUCGAUUUUGCCUCGACGACGAAAUUUGAGGUUGACCAAUCGUGCCACACGGCGCUGGUGGCCACCUGCGAGCAGACGCUGUACCAGGUUUGCCGGUUUGUACAGCGGACUUUGGUCACCACCGGACAGAAGCGGACCUUGGCCUUACGGGCAGGUCUGUAUAACGAGAACUACGUGCCGAACCCGGUGUGCCUCUAUUUUUCGAAAAAC